GACAAACGUAGCAAAACCUCUUUGGUUAAUACCCGAAAGCUCAUUCCACUAAGUUUUGCGAGGGUUGACUUUCUCUCUCAUUUAUCUUCAGCUCAGAAAUCAUUUCCGAUGGCCGGAAUCCACGUGGUGGUGAUGCCUUACCCCGGCCGCGGCCACAUCAACCCUACGAUGAACCUCUGCAAAUUGCUCGCCUUAACAAAAUCUGAUAUUCUCAUCACCUUUGUCGUCACCGAAGAGUGGCUCGGCUUCAUCGGCGCCGAUCCCACGCCUCCAAAUCUCCGGUUUGCCACCAUUCCUAACGUCAUUCCGCCGGAGAGGCUGAAAGCCGCUGACAUCCAAGGCUUCAACGAAGCUGUCGUGACUAAGAUGGAAGCUCCAUUCGAGCAACUCCUCGAUCGGCUCCAGCCGCCGGUGGAUGCCAUCAUCGGCGAUUUGGAGCUCCGUUGGCCGAUCGCUGUCGGACGUCGGAGGAAUAUCCUGGUGGCCACGCUCUGGACGAUGUCGGCGACCUUCUUCUCGAUGCUUUACAGAGCCGAUAUUUCCUCUCGAGUCCGGCAGCUGUCUUCCAAUUGGAUUGAUCAUGGUGUUGAAGUGGAUCAAAUUUCAGGACUUUCUUCAACCCAUAAAGCCGAUCUUAGGAAAGUGUUUGAAGAGAAUGAUGGAAGAGUGAUGGAGAUUAUCUUGGAUUGCAUAUCCAGGGUGCCAAAAGCAGACUGCCUAUUAUUCACUUCUUUCUAUGAAUUUGAACCCGAAAUGAUGGAAGCUUUGAAACUAGAAUUCCCAUUCCCUAUCUACCCGAUUGGUCCUGCAAUACCCUAUUUUGAAAUUGAGAAGGAACCUCGAGUAGCUAAUGAUAAUGAUGGCUACAAUUACCAACAAUGGUUGGAUUCCCAACCUGCUGACUCUGUAUUGUACAUUUCAUUGGGAAGUUUUCUUUCGGUCUCAGCUUCCCAAAUGGAUGAAAUAGCUUCUGGGCUACGAGAUAGUGGCAUUCGGUUCUUAUGGGUGGCUCGAGGGGAAGCUCCUCGGUUGAAGGAGCGAUGCGGCGAAAGGGGGUUAGUUGUGGCAUGGUGUGAACAAUUGAAGGUCUUGUGUCAUUCCUCAAUAGGUGGGUUCUGGACUCAUUGUGGCUGGAAUUCAACUCUGGAAGCUGUUUUUGCAGGGAUUCCUAUGCUUACUUUUCCUCUGUUUUUGGAUCAAAAUCCCAACAGUACCCACAUUGUUGAAGACUGGAAAAUUGGGUGCAGGGUUCAAGAAACCAAGGUUGGAGCUGAAACAUUAAUUUUAAAAGAAGAAAUAUCAGAGAUUGUCCAAAGGUUCAUGGAUCUCAGCAGCCCUGAGGGAAAGCAAAUGAGGGAUAGAGCCAAAAGGCUAAAAGAGAUCUGUCACCGAGCAACAGGGGAGGGUGGAUCAUCUCGCCAAAACCUGGAUGAAUUUAUAAGGAGCAUUUCAAAAGGUGACACCAAAUAGGAUGGAUGUCAUCUAUUCUAUUCUGUCUAAUACUUGGGAUUCUCAAUCCAAAGUUCACACCCCAUAGUGUUCUGUUCUGAUUGUAUUACAGUGUUUUGAACCGAUUGGCUUUUUUCUUCACUGUUAAGGGUUGGCACCAUCUUGUGAAAUAAUGCAGGUGUAGUUUAUUAACAUGG